GAAGCUCGAGUUGAAGGUAACCUAGCCGCAUCGCGUUUCAUUGAACUUGCCGGUGACCGAUUGACGAUAUGGAUGCCGUUUUGCUGGAGCGUGAACGUGUCCUUUUUCGGCUGAACGAAGAAAUUAACGCCAAGUCUCGAGGGUUGUUCGAACUGAACGAGAAUGCCAGCUGGAUGAGCGCAAAGCGGCGUAUGCGGAAUAAUCUCCGCAAGACUAAUCACCACAUACCGCUAACGGAUGGUUCGGAGAACACUUCUGGCGACGGAGGGAACAAGGAAAAUGAUUGUGACCGAAUGUCACCAUCGGAUACGGAAACUGAGUGCAACGAAAGUUCCCACUGUACGGAGGAAGCGAAGUCGCUUGAAAGUGGGAAAGAAUCCAAUCUAUCAUCUACUGCAAUGAAGGAGGAUGGUCAGGUUGUGAAAAUCGGCGAGAAAAAGAUUAACAAUAAAGCCGUUGCCAAGCAAAACACUGCCGGCAGCGCCAAAAGCGUGAACAAGAAUAUGGCCGAUGUUGUGCCGAAAGUGUUAGAAAAGAAGAAUAUCAGCUCGGAGGGAUUGAUCAAGUUUUUGAAGUCUAAGGUUGCUAUUAUCCAAACGGAGCUGGAAACUGUUCAGAAGCAGAACGAUUCAAAUGUGAAAGAUUUAAGUCUAGCUUUGGAUCGUAUGAAACAGUUGGAGAGUUUUAAAGAGCAACUGAUGACCAAAAAUGCAGCCCUUGAACGUACGGUGAAGAAAUAUGAGGAGCGCAACUUAGAGCUGGAUAAGCUGGUUAAGGAGAAGGAAGCUCAAAUUGUCAAUGUCACAAAAGAGCUAGCAACUGCUAGAAGUGAGAUUCGCUGCAUCAGUCAAAACAACCAAAACUUGGAAAAGAAGCAAUUAAAAGCGCAGGAAGACAUUGACAGUCUCAAGAUAAAGCUAACCAUCGCUAACGAUGCCGAAAAGGAGACCCGAGAUGGGGCACGCCAGGAGCGAUUGACCUACGAAAAACAAAUCAAACAAUUAAGGAAGCAGCGAGGCGAAGUGUUGGCCGACUACAAGAAACUGCUGCUGGCUGUCGAUCAGAUGAAGAAGCAAAACUUUCAUCUAGAUCAAACGAGACUGAUGAGCGACUUCGAGCGUGACUACUUUAAACAUUUGGAUGAUUCCUCGGAGGUCGCGUUGUCCCAAUGAAAGGAAUGUGCCCUGUACUUCUCUAGAUUGUAUCAGUACCCUAGGUUUUAUGAGUGUUUUAACGAUUGUUAGGGUCACUGGUACUUGUAGCUGCUAUUAAUGCAUCGUAACGUUUGUAGACUGAUACUUUAGAAUGUAGACUGAUACUUUAGAUAGUAUUUUACAUGCAAUAGGGUUUCAAGUAUUUACUACUAGAAAGUUUGUCUAAAUAUAGAUUUUCCAUAUAUGCACUAGAGCUUGAUUGUUCAGUUUGCUUCGUUGCUGCUAUGUCUCCGCCCAGACAAAUAACU